AUGCAUCGCCGGCCGGUCGCGUAUCCAGGCGGACCUACUCACCCCCCGGCCAAUCCAACCCGUUGCGGUGUCGCUCGGGCGCAUCCUCCUCCCGACCCCGACCACACGUCUCCCAACGCCCCGCGCUUCGAGAUUGUCACAACGCAUAUUCACGUCUUCGGCUACCCUACAGACCAAGGUGACGGGGUGAACGUCGUAGCCCUCGAGGACGUCUCGGCGAUCGAUCUCGCCUUUCUCUCUCUCCCAUACGAGCCUCUGAACAACUCAAUAUGGGAAGCCUCACACAAAGACCCGUUUUACCCUCGUCCGGCCGUUUACUUGCGUUUCAGCGACCCCGUGCGACUCCCAGACCAAGAUGCCGAGAACAAGUUCUGCAGGCGUUUGCUCCGUCUCGGGGCGCGACGGUGGGAGUCUCUUGACCGAUUCAGGUUCGUGCUAGGAGCUAUCAACUACGACGAUCUUGUCAUCGACGAGAUAGAGGGCGGGUUCGCCUCGGUGCCGACGUCUGAAGAGCGCCGCUGGGUGUCGGUGGCGUGGCCUGUUGGGGGCGGUGUCUGCAUUGCUGAGAUACCGCGGCGGCUGCCUGACUUUGGGGAGCAUGAGGAGUUUUCUGCCAGGCAAAAUCUGAUCUUGGAGGGUAGGUCGAUCUUGAGGAUGGCGCGGAACAUGGAUGAGAAGGCGAGUAUGUUGAUGGAGACUUUUGAGGGGAAGAUGUAUGAGAAUGUGGAUGAAGUAGAUAGUCGGGUCAUUAGAAUUUCGGAUCUCAAAGAGUUCCAGAAGUCUUCCGCAGCUGGAGAGAAGGAAGUUGGUCAUACGGGGUUGAGUGCAUUGUCUCUUGACGAUAGUUCGGCGAAGUGA